AUGGCGUGGCAAGCAUCCGGCGCAUGGAACAAGAAGUCUGUGCCCAAGGCGAGCAACCACGACUCGACCUUUCCUGGCCUCAAGCCUACGACGAAUCCGGAUGCAACGACAAAGUUUCAAUAUGAAGAGCUGCAGCAGAACGAGCUGCUGGCCCUCGAAGCCAUCUAUGGGGAUGAUUUCGUGAAGCACAGUGAUGCGCACGGAGCGUGGGAGAAGACGGAACCUUCAUUCGAUAUACGGAUUAAGGCAUCCACCGACAUUGACUUUGCCAUAACUGUUGGGUUUGUCAUGACGGCCACGUAUCCCAAAACCCCACCGCUUCUGACUGUCAAAGACCUCGACGGCCUACGCGAAUCUACACAGUUCAAGAUCCAGAAGUUUGUGGACACCGAACCUCGAGAAUUUGCCAAAGAUGAACAAGAAAUGGUCGACAGGAUUGUCGAGGGCAUUCGCGACAUCCUCGAAGAUGCUGCCCAAGUCAAGGCAUCCGGGAACCAGCUGCCUUCCCUCGAGGAAGAGCGAGAACGACACGAAGCCAAACUAGCUGAAAAGGCGCGGCGUCAGAAAGAAGACGAAGAGCGCAAGAAGAUGGAAGAAACCAAAGAGGAGGAGCGCGUCAUGUCUGAAAUGCUUCGGCAACAGAUUGACAGACAAAGACAAAAGGCAAAGGAAUCAAGGUUAAGUCGACGAUCUAAUGGACUAGAAGGCUUACCAAGCGACAACUCUGCUGCCUCUAUUGAGCAAAUCGAUUUCGAUGAGUUUUGCCAUGUCACGAAUAAAGAGGGUAAUAUCCUCAGCUUCAAAUCGGUUACGGGUAGAUGUGAUCCGCGAGAGGGCAAGGUCACUGUGGUGUACACUGUCCGGCCGGUUCUGGGCAAUGGCCAAGGUGACCAAACCUUAGCACUAAAGGAAGCUAUCUUGCGACCCAACGGAAAAGGGAUGGACCCCAAGGAGUUCAAAAAGCAGCUGCAGUCCGUCGAGUCCAGGCUCCAGGAGCUGAAGAACACCAAGUCAAUUCAUCACAACCGUUUAGUCGAUAUUUUGGAUUUCAAGGUCGAAGGUGCGAAAUCGGACGAUGCGACAGCGUCAAAUAUCUGGACCAUUAGAAUAUUGAUGCCAAUGGCUGCAAAGGGCUCGCUUGAGGAGCUGCUGGAGCUGGCAGGUCAUCUCGAGCUCGGCAAAGUUCGGUCUUGGACUCGAGAUUUGUUGGAUGCCUUGAACUUCUUGCAUUCAAAGAGCAUUGCCCACCAAGAUAUCCACGCGAGUAACGUACUUUUGUUUCGAGAGUCGACGGGCGAGUUUGUCCCCAAGCUGUCUGAUUGCUGGUACCAGCGAGAAAUUCAUAAUGCCAGCACCUCAAAGCCGGGUCUCCCGGGACUCACCUCGGCAAAGUCAGCAUAUUGGUUACCGCCUGAGAUCGCUGGUCAAUCCAAGCCACAGUACUCAUACAAGACUGAUAUAUGGGAAUUUGGCAUUGUAUUUACGCAAAUGAUCUUUGGUCUCAACGUUCUGCAAAAGUAUUCCUCGCCGCGAAACUUGAUGCAGGAGCUCACACUGUCACAACCGCUCGAGGAACUAGUCAGUCGAUUUUUUAAAGAAGACAAACAAAAGCGACCUCGGCCGUUCGAACUUGGUUCAAGUGAAUUUCUGGCCACUGACGCACCAGUCUUCGCAGAGUCCGGUUCGUCCGGGACACCGUCGGCGACGCCGUCUUUGACAUCACUGCAUGUCGUUCCAGCGAGACUUAGGCGAGACUCCAUGAGUCGUGGCGCAGUGGUCUCCAGAUAUACUGAGGACUUCGUGGAAGAGGGUCGCCUUGGCAAAGGUGGCUUCGGAGAAGUUGUAAAAGCCCGCAAGAAACUUGAUGGCCAAAUUUAUGCUAUCAAAAAAGUCACCCAGCGAUCUCAUGCCAGUUUGACUGAGAUUCUAAAGGAGGUACGGUUGCUAUCACAACUAAGUCAUCCAGCUGUGGUUCGCUACUACAACACCUGGGUCGAAGAAGUCCCUGACGCCACUGAUACCGAAGGAGACACAUCUACUGAAGGCUACACUGAGGAGGCGGAACAAACGGUCUCUGGUGGUAUUGACAUCCAGUGUGCGACUAGCACGGGUGGCCUUGACUUCAUGUCAUCUAAUGCCGCCAUCGAGUUUGGAUAUGACGAUGACAGUGAUGACAAUGCCAUCGAGGACGACUCUGACGACGAUAGCUCUAUUGACGCAGACCAGGCGGGGAAUGAUGCCAUUUCGCCCAGCAAGGAACGUGCAGGACAAGUGUUGAGACGUGCACGGGAACACCAUGCCUUUCGAACUAUUCUCUAUAUCUCCAUGGAAUAUUGCGAAAAGCGAACACUUCGGGACUUGAUUUCACGCAACCUGUACAAGGACACGACUGAGAUUUGGAGGCUGUUUCGACAGAUAUUGGAAGGCAUGUCACACAUCCAUGCCCUUGGCAUCGUGCAUCGGGAUUUGAAGCCUGAGAAUAUUUUCAUUGGCAGUAGUCUUGAGGGAGUCGAUCAUGUCAAAAUUGGCGAUUUUGGCCUAGCCACUAGCGGACAAUUUUCGGUCGAUAAAGUCGUCGCCGAUAGCCUUGAGAACGACAGCAUGACUCGAAGCAUAGGCACUGCUUACUACGCGGCUCCAGAAGUUCGAUCCGCCGGCAAUGGACUUUACAGCGCCAAAGUUGAUAUGUACUCGCUAGGCAUAAUAUUCUUCGAAAUGUGCUAUCACCACAUGGUUGGCAUGGAAAAAGCAGAUAUUAUUGGAAAACUACGACGAACAAAGCCGGAGCUGCCGGUAGAUUUCAAGCCAGCUGAGCGCAAACAGACAGAUAUCGUCUUGUCGCUGGUCAAUCACAAUCCCAAGGAGAGGCCAUCGAGUGCUGAUUUGUUGAAGAGCGGCAAACUUCCCGUGCAGAUGGAGAGUGAAACUAUUCGACGAACUCUUGCCGGUCUGGCCGAUCCCAGCUCGCCGUACUAUAGCAAGAUGCUGUCGACGCUAUUUGCACGACCUUGUGAUGCGGCCAAAGAUUAUGCUUGGGACAUGCUAGGCACUCAGACCAGCGCCAGCGAGCUCCUGAAUCAGGGUGUGGUCCGCAGCACCCUGAUUUCCAUCUUUCGACGGCAUGGAGCACUGGAAAUGCCUCGGACCACAAUAUACCCCCGCUCAAGUCACUAUGGUGAGAAUGUCGUUCAAGUAAUGGAUCCCAAUGGGACGGUUUUGCAGCUUCCUUUUGAUUUGACCAUGGGCAAUGCCAGGAUGAUUGCAAAACAGUCCGGCGGUCCCGUGUUGCAGCGAUCGUUCAACUUUAAUAACGUGUACCGUGAUAGGCUAGACACAGGCCAGCCGUACAUGUUUGGAGAGGUCGACUUUGACAUCAUCACCACCGAUACCCUUGACCUCGCUCUUAAGGAAGCAGAAGUGUUGAAGGUGCUCGACGAAAUUGUUCAGGCGUUUCCGUCAUUGUCAAAUUCCCAGAUGUGCUUCCAAGUCGGCCAUUCAGAUCUUCUUCAACUCAUCUUUGACCACUGUGGAGUCGAGUCUUCGUGUAGACGACAGGCCGCUGAGGCGCUGAGCAAACUCCAUGUCUAUGGGCACACCUGGCAGAAGGUUAGAGCGGAACUGCGAUCCACCGCCGUGGGCGUGUCAGCCACGAGCGUGGACGAACUCCAGCGAUUCGACUUUCGAGACACCCCCAACAAGGUAAUUUCGAAGCUCAAGGUCCUAUUUGAGGGCAGUGAUUUGUAUCAAAGGGCGGUGUCAACCAUGGCCCACCUCAAAGAAGUUGCAGAGUACUGCAAACGAUUUGGCGUGCUCAGCAAAUUUUACGUUACCCCCCUCAACAGUUUAAGAGAAAAUUUCUUCAUGGGUGGAAUCAUGUUUUCCUGCGUCUAUGACAGGAAGACAAGGGACGUGUUUGCGGCAGGUGGCCGAUACGACCACCUCAUCAAAGAGCAACGCCCGAAAAUUGGCGGCAACAUUGAAGAGAGGCACGCCGUUGGGUUUAGUCUUGCCUGGGAACGCUUGGCUCGUGUUCCUAAGAAAAGCGGAAGCAAGACGUUCCUGAAGAAGCAGGAGUCGGAUGUCAAGACGAUGUUUACUGGCAGACGAUGCGAUGUUCUAGUUGCUUCAUUCGACGCCGCUAUUCUUCGAUCUACCGGUAUCGAAGUUCUCCAGCUCCUUUGGGAUCAUGACGUCAGUGCAGAAAUGGCCAAAGACGCUCGAUCUCCCGAAGACUUGUUAUCUAAGCACAGGGACGAGAACUACUCGUGGAUCAUUGUCAUCAAGCCUGAAUCGAUGCUCAAGAUAAAAACCAUGAGUCGAAAAGACGUUCAAGAUGUGGACAUUCCUCUUGGCCAGCUAAUGGCCUGGCUUCGGCCCGAACUCAAGGAACGCGAUUCCCGCGCUCUCGCCAAACUCAGAGGGAACGUGUCGCACGGCGGCGAAACGAGUGGCACCCAAAACAGCGACCGGAACCAAGAUCAGGACGUCAAGGUUCUCGUUGCCGGUACCAAGAGCAAGAAGUUCAAUCGCAGAACCGUGGUGGAUCAAGCCCAAGCCAGCGCUAGUAACUUGAUGCGAAGCUACCUGGACGGGCCGAUCCUGGCCAUCGAGACUACUGACCAGGUUAUGGAUCUUCUCAGGGAAACAAAGCUAUCUGAGCACGAUAGCUGGAAGAGUAUGGAACAUGCAGUGACCAUGACGGAGAAGAAGUAUGUCCGCGAACUUCACGCCCAGCUCGACACUUGGCGAUCGACGUAUGAGAGGCAGAACAACUCUAAGCACGCAUUCAUAUACAACUUUCGCACCGGUACCUGUGUGUACUAUGAUUUAAGUGCGUAA